CCGGCCCCGCCGCCGUGCGGGCGCGGCGGGAGCGGCCCGGUCCUCCAGGCUCCCAGCAUGCCCCGCUCUCCCGCCCGCCUCUCCGGUCGGGGCACAUGCUCGGUGCGUGGGGCCGGCCCGGUUUCCUCGUCAGCAGCGCGGGGCCUCCCGGUACGCCCGGCAGCACCGACAUGGCCCCCCCGACAGGGAACGUGGUGGACAGCCAGGCGCCGCGGGCCCUGGGCUGCCAGCUGCGCUGGGACCUGACGGCCGAGCAGAUCGAGGCCAUGGCCGCCGAGCUCACCGAGAGCACCAAGCUCGUCUACGACCGCGUGGGAGCCCAGGAGCGCGGCGAGGUCAACUACGAGAACACGCUGAAGGCUCUGGCCGACGUGGAGGUGGAAUACACAGUCCGUAGGAACAUGCUGGACUUCCCCCAGCACGUGUCCCCCUGCAAGGCCAUCCGCGCCGCCAGCACCGAGGCCGACAAGAAGCUCUCGGAGUUCGACGUGGAGAUGAGCAUGAGGCAGGACGUGUACCAGAGGAUUGUGUGGCUCCAGGAGAAAGCAGAGAGUGCUUCCCUGAGGCCCGAGGCAAAGAGGUACCUGGAGAGGCUGAUCAAGCUGGGGAAAAGGAACGGGCUCCACCUCCCUGAGGAGACACAGGAGAAAAUCAAAGCUAUCAAGAAAAAGCUGAGCGUGCUGUGCAUCGACUUCAACAAGAACCUCAACGAGGACACCACCUUCCUGCCCUUCUCCAGGGAGGAAUUAGGGGGGCUCCCUGAGGAUUUCCUGAACUCCCUGGAGAAGACGGAGGAUGGGAAGCUGAAGGUCACCCUGAAGUACCCACACUACUUCCCCCUGCUGAAGAAGUGCUACGUGCCCGAGACCAGGAGGAAGGUGGAGGAGAUGUUCAACUCCAGGUGCAAAGAGGAGAACUGCCUGAUCCUGAAGGAGCUGGUGGACCUGAGGGCUCAGAAGGCCAAUCUGCUGGGCUUCAGCACCCACGCCGACUUCGUGCUGGAGAUGAACAUGGCCAAGAGCAGCCGGACGGUGGCCACGUUCCUGGAUGAGCUGGCCCAGAAGCUGAAGCCCCUGGGGGAGAAGGAGCGGGCGGUGAUCCUGGACCUGAAGAAGAAGGAGUGCGAGAAGCGCGGGCUGGAGUUCGACAACCGCAUCAACGCCUGGGACAUGCGCUACUACAUGAACCAGGUGGAGGAGACCAAGUACAGCGUGGACCAGAACCUGCUCAAGGAGUAUUUCCCCAUGCAGGUGGUCACCACAGGCCUCCUGGCCAUCUACCAGGAGCUGCUGGGCCUCACCUUCCACCUGGAGGAGAAGGCUCAGGUGUGGCACGAGGACGUGCAGCUCUACACGGUGAAGGACGCGGCCUCCGGGGAGACCAUCGGGAAGUUCUACCUGGAUCUGUACCCACGGGAGGGGAAGUACGGGCACGCCGCCUGCUUCGGCCUCCAGCCCGGCUGCCUCUUGCCAGACUCCAGCCGCCAAAUCUCGGUGGCCGCCAUGGUGGCCAAUUUCACCAAGCCCACGCCGGACGCCCCUUCCCUGCUGCAGCACGACGAGGUGGAGACCUAUUUCCAUGAAUUUGGGCACGUCAUGCACCAGCUGUGCUCUCAGGCGGAGUUUGCCAUGUUCAGUGGCACACACGUGGAGCGGGACUUCGUGGAGGCCCCGUCGCAGAUGUUGGAGAACUGGGUGUGGGAGAAGGAGCCGCUGCUGCGCAUGUCCAGGCACUACAAGACAGGGAGCCCCAUCCCGGAUGAGCUGCUGGAGAAACUCAUUAAAUCCCGGCAGGCAAACACAGGGCUCUUCAACCUGCGCCAGAUCGUCCUGGCCAAGGUGGACCAGGCCCUGCACACCCAGACCAAGGCUGACCCCGUGGAGGUGUUUGCCCAGCUCUGUGAAGAGGUGCUGGGUGUCCCUGCCACGCCAGGUACCAACAUGCCAGCCACCUUUGGCCACCUGGCCGGGGGCUACGACGCGCAGUACUACGGCUACCUGUGGAGCGAGGUGUACUCCAUGGACAUGUUCCACACCCGCUUCAAGCAGGAGGGAAUCAUGAACUGCAAGGUGGGCAUGGAUUACAGGAAGUGCAUCCUGCAUCCCGGCGGCUCCGUGGACGCGGCGGACAUGCUGAGGAGGUUCCUGGGCAGGGAGCCCAAGCAGGACGCCUUCCUGGCCAGCAAGGGACUGAAGGUGGAGAGCAACUCGGUGCCUUCAGCCUGAGGUGCUGCUCGGCCCUGGCAGGGGGGGAGCUCCUGCCCACGCCCCUGCCCUCGCCUGGUUCCUGUCACCCAACGCCCCCCGGCCACCCCUGCCUGGAGCUGCCCCUCCAGGGCCUCACUCUGAGCCUCUCCCGGGCUCUGGGAGCCAGGCUCAGCCCUGGGCCGGGGCUCUGUGGUGACACAGAGGUGACCUGCCCUCGUCACCCCGGGGCUGUGGGUCACCCCCACCAAUUGGCUGAACUUUGAACCUGAUUUCUGCACAAGGGUGAGUUUUGGCCUCAUUUGGAGCCGGGGAGCGGGGGGAGAGGAGUUCCCAAACUUGAAUCUUUGGUUUUAAAUCCCUUCUCUUUUAAGAAGCCUCAUUGUUGUUGUUGUUGCCACCUUGGCUUGGUUUGUGCCCCGGGUCAGACACAUCUGUCACCAGGGCAGGGACAGUCCUGCUCUCCCCAUCUUUGGGCAGCUCUGCAGUAAAGAUGGGGAGAUCCCAGAGCUCAAAACCCACAGGGAAUUCACUGGAACAUCCUGCCCUGAGCCCCUCAGGGACCUUCCUGCCUGGCAGGGGGACAGAGGUGGCCAGUGCAGGUGUUCCAGAGCAGGGGGUUUGGGGACGUGGCCUCUGUGUGCUGCCAGAUGUCCCAGGGCCACCUCAGGGUCAUCCUGGGGCCCCUGGGGCUCAGGCUGUGGCAGCUGAGGGUGUUGCUGUUGCUGUCAGCUCCGAGCCGGGCUGGGACAGGGGAGGGUUGUGUUUAUGACUGAAAACCCGGAGCUGACAGCUUCAAACAACACAAAUGCCGGGAUAAAAAUAUCCCCUGGGCUCCGUGCCAGGCCUUGAGCUGCCGGCAGGGCUGCGGCGCCACGGGCAGGGACAGCAGCCAGCCCGGGCUGUGCCACCUGCCCCGGGCUGUCCCCAGUGUGCCCCAGCACCCUGCGUGGCACAGGGUCUUGUGGCACGAGGUUCCUGACCCCCAGGGCAAAGGCUGAGGUUGCUGCAGGCUUGGGAAAGGUGUGGGGCAGCUUCCUUGGGGGCUGAGGAGCUUCAGGGGGGGCUGAGGAGCUCCAAGGUGGCUGAGGAGCUUCAGGGGGAGCUGGGGUUUGUGUCCCACCCCUUCCAGCCUCGGGUGCAGUGUGUGAGGCCAUUUGAGGGCUGUGGGAUCCAUCCCUGCCGCUCUGCCGUGGUUUGGGGACACCGGUGACAGCCCGAGUGCCCCAGCUCACCGCCACCAUCCCAGCACUGCGGGCUGCUCCUGUUGCCUGUCCUUUGUCACCAGCGCGGCUCUGGCGCUGGGACAAGGCUCCCCCCAGUGCACACAAAGUCGCUGCUGUCACCUCCGUCCCCCAGGCCCCGCCGGUGACACGGGAAGGUGACACCCCCUGGCCGUCCCCUCUGGGCGGGUCCGGAGCGGCUCCUUGGUGCUUUGCUGGGGCCACCUCGAGCAUCUUGUCCUUGUCCCCUCCUGUCCGUGUUCCGGGCACGGCCGGGCGGUGCCGGCCCUGGCUGGUUUUAGUGUCCUGUUUUACCGAGCUUUCAGCGUUUUCUCCGACUCUUCUCUCCCGAGAGAGAGAGAAGUGAAGCUGAGCAGGGAAACCACGCACUUUCCUCCCUCCUUCCCAGCCCACAGCUCCCUGUGUCCCCUCUCCAGUGUCCCCACUGCGGGUGGCCUGGCACCUCUGCAGUCCCGGGACAGGGAGCUGCACCUCCCCAUCCCCACCCCAGGCUGGCAGGGAAGAGAGCUCCUUUUUAUUUUGGGGGUUUGGAUUUGGGGGUUGUUUUUUUUUCCUGUUAACAGUUUGAAGGGCAGACUGGUGUGUGUGUGUGUGUGUGUGCCGUUGUACCGGUCACGUCCCACCCCGCUUGUUUCCAUGACUGGAUUUUAGACGGUUCCCAGCACUAAUAAAGGUUUUCCUCCGCGGA